AAGGAUAUCCGGUUCGACCGGAAAUCGUAUAUUUGUCGUUACUGCUGAAAGAUAUGGCUGCAUACAUUGUAUUAGCCUGCUAACUCGACGUUUACGUUUGACAUAAGCUUAAUUAUUCGACCAACGUUUUGAAAUUGUAUGAUAACAAGCAAGUUAUAUCGCUUCUGUAGACACAAAAAAAAUCGUUAACCAUGUUAACGACUUUCUGAGUUUUGUAAAUCACGUUAGCUACCAAGCUAUACAAAGGAGAAACCAGUUAGCCAGCUACUAGCCUAGCUAGUACUAGGUGGCCAGCUAGUUUGGCUCCUUACGAAAUAUUUUAUUGUUAUUUUGUUACCAGAUAGAUAAAAAAAACAUAGCUGGAUACAUUUGCUGGUGUUACAAAGAAAAAGCGUCUAUCGAGCCUCAAUGCCCGAACAAGGCCCAAGGAUGAAUGGUUUUUCCCUCGGCGAACUAUGCUGGCUAUUCUGUUGCCCGCCCUGUCCCAGUCGCAUCGCAUCCAAACUAGCCUUUCUCCCUCCCGAACCCACGUACUCCGUACACACCGAUGCUAACGGGACGAGUAGCCUGCAUCUAACCGAGCGAGCAGACUGGCAGUACUCCCAACGUGAACUGGACGCUGUCGAGGUGUUCAACACCAGAACCAGUCGGGGAAACCGACUGGGUUGCAUGUUUGUACGAUGCGCACCCAACAGCCGGUACACGUUGCUCUUUUCCCACGGUAACGCAGUGGACUUAGGCCAAAUGUGCAGUUUUUACAUCGGCCUCGGUUCGAGGAUAAACUGCAACGUCUUCUCGUAUGAUUAUUCGGGCUACGGUGUCAGCAGCGGGAAACCGUCAGAAAAGAACCUGUAUGCGGACAUCGAGGCUGCCUGGCAGGUGCUAAGGAACAAGUAUGGAGUGACCCCAGAGAACAUCAUCCUGUACGGUCAGAGCAUCGGCACGGUACCCACGGUGGAUCUGGCAGCGCGCUACGAGUGUGCCGCCGUCAUCCUGCACUCACCUCUUAUGUCCGGCCUGCGAGUGGCCUUCCCUGACACGCGCAAGACUUACUGCUUCGACGCCUUCCCAAGCAUCGACAAGGUGUCCAAGGUGGCGUCGCCGGUGCUGGUGAUCCACGGCACGGAGGAUGAGGUGAUCGACUUCUCGCACGGCCUGGCAAUGUACGAGCGCUGCCCGCGUGCCGUGGAGCCCCUGUGGGUGGAGGGCGCCGGGCACAACGACAUCGAGCUCUACGCCCAGUACUUGGAGCGACUCAAGCAGUUCAUCUCCAUCGAGCUGCCCACAUCCUGAUCUCCCUUGGCCUCCUCCACUAAAACCUAGAGGGGGGCUGCGUAGCAAGUCUAAAAUGGCUUCCUUUUUUCUUUCCUUGAUCUGUGCAGAGAGAAGUGGAUUGGUGGAAAUUUGAUACCUGAAAUCCACCAUGUUGGUUUGUAUUGUUUAUCGGUGCAGAUGUUGGAGAGGAGGGGAGGAAGUGUUGAGAUGCUUCCCCCAGGGCUUAACCAGGUCAGGCUGAGCUGAGCCAGGCCAAGGCAUCCCGGCGCUCAUAUGUGGACAGGUCCCAGGUCUCUUUGCCAAAGAGCUAGGGCCCGCUCAGUAUUUGCACUUGCUCUUCAAUCUGGAUCUCGAUUUGAUUCUCCUUCUUGCUCUCCCUCUCUGCCGGUGGGGAUGUGAUAAAUUCCCUCUGCGAUCUUGUUCUCCCUAUUUCAUCUGUUUCGCUCUCUUUUAUGCUCAUGAUUGAUUGACUUUGUAUUCUUUUCUACCUGAUGAAGAACAAUCUGUUUUGCACCUCAGAUACACGAUUGAUGUUCUUGCUUGUUUGUGUUUGUUAAAUAUUGUUUUGUCUUUUUUUCCAUUCAGGGUGAAUUGAAACGAAUGCACUUUUAUUGUGCAGAUAUGUUCAGGUAAUCAUACUGUAUGUUCUUAUCUUAUUGACAUUCCAUGUUUCACUACACAGAAUCUCAUUCCCAUCUUGUUUUCAAGGCCAGUGUGUGACCGUGUGAGAGAUGCGUGUGGUUGAAAAACAUCAUUACCCAGCUCACCCCUGGGUGUCUCACCUCCUGUAACAAUGCUCUUGUUAACUGGAGGUCAUGUGGUAAGUAGGGCCAGGUGUUUUUCCUCAACUGGGGUUUUCCAGUGAGGGACACCACCUGACCCUAAUGAUGACACUUGACCAUGUAUCAAAUAAAAACAUACCUACAAUGUACUGUAAUGAACCAAAUCAGCCCCUAGCCAGUUCUGUCUCUACACACACCUGGUCAACCCCUAGCCAGUACUGUCUCUACACACACCUGAUCAGCCCCUAGCCAGUACUGUCUCUACACACACCUGAUCAGCCCCUAGCCAGUACUGUCUCUACACACAC